AUGUUGUUCCCGAUCUGGGUUGGUCUUCCUUUUACUAUAACAAAGUCAAAAGGUCAAACCCACUGGGGAUCAAGGAGUAUACUUCUUUUAAUAUUUAAUGCUAUUGAUAUUUUACUUGUGCGAUUACACUACGGCAGGAUGAAUGGCAGUUGGGCCAAAAGUAGAUAUAAGAAUACACUACGCCAAAAAAAUAGAAGUUUUAGAGGUGGUUUCACAGGUGGUUCUGGAGGGGAAGCCAGGUUGAAGAAGUUUUUAAGAGAAAGAAUUGAAGAUUUGAGAUUAGGAACGAAGAUUCGUGAGAACUUGUAUAGGUUUUGUUUAUUGAGAAAGGAUUUUGUAUCAAAGUUUGACCAGGUUCCUACACUGAACUACUACUGCUAUUUAUAUUAUUUUGGAUCGGGAAAAUUAUAUGACUGGGGUCAGUCCCAAUGAAGUAUUAACAUCAAAAGUAAAUGUGUUUAUGAGUUAUAAUUAUGCUUAUAAUAAUCCACUGAUGUAUCCCAUAUUAUGGUGAUAUCAUCAUAUGAAAUAUAAUCACUAUUAUGCAUGCUAAACCUGUGUGUUAAAUAAUAAAGUAAUCGGUAGACACCUUU